GGAAUUUUCGUAUGAGAACGAAGAAAGAGAUUAGAGUUUCUUUCAAAGCCACGUGAAAAAAAAUCGAGAGAUAUAGAGAAUAGGGGAUUUUCAAAAAGGAUGUGAGAAGAUUCGAGAGAGAGAGAGAGGAGAGAGAUUAGUCAAAAUGGUGAGAAAUGGCAUUAGGAUUUCGAGGUCUGUGGGCUGCUAAUUGGCUUAUUAUUAUAUGGUUUAAGUUUUUUUUUUUGUCUAAUUUAUUUUAUACGAAAUUGGUUAAUUUAAUUAGAAUAAUUUAAAAUAAAAUAUUAAUCAAAUUAACUGAGAUGGGGUGUGAUAGUAAUUACUAAUAGAUGUCGGUAAUGUAUUCAGCAUAAGAUAAUAAAGGUAAUACUUCACGGUUUGGGAAAAUUCUCUCUGCGCCAGGAUCUGAAACCCUAGAAGCAAUGAAAACAGCAAGAGAAGAAUCCGAGAAUGCUGCUAACGAAGAGGGCGCGCCGAAGAGGCAGAAGCUACUCGAUCAAUCUUCGCCGCAGCUUGCCUUCGAAAACCCGCUCCUUCCGCUGGCUUCUUACGAAGAUGAUGAGGAAGAAGUGGAGGAUAGGAGAGAUGGUGGUAGGGGUAGAGAUGUAUAUGAUGGCAAAAGAGAAGGCCUAAAUGGGCAUACUGAAGAUGAAGAUGAAGAUGAUGACGAAGAAAGUAAAACAGGACAGGGACGACGCAAUCGGUUGAUUGAAGUAAGAAGGGACUGCCCGUAUCUCGAUACUGUUAAUAGACAGGUUUUAGAUUUUGAUUUCGAGAAAUUUUGCUCAGUAUCACUUUCAAACUUGAAUGUCUACGCAUGUUUGGUGUGUGGGAAGUAUUUCCAGGGAAGAGGACCGAAAUCUCACGCAUAUACUCAUAGUCUUGAAGCUGGCCACCAUGUCUACAUUAAUCUCUGUACAGAGAAAGUUUACUGUCUUCCUGAUGGAUAUGAAGUCAUUGAUCCAUCAUUGGAUGACAUUCGCCAUGUACUAAACCCAAGGUUUUCGAGAGAAAGUGUUAUUCAGAUUGACCAGAAUCGUCAAUGGUCCAGGGCGCUUGAUGGUUCUGAUUAUCUUCCCGGAAUGGUGGGGUUAAAUAAUAUCAAAGAGACUGAUUUUGUCAAUGUUACCAUUCAAUCUUUGAUGCGUGUUACUCCCUUGAGGAACUUCUUUCUUAUUCCCGAGAACUAUUCCCAUUGCAAAUCCCAACUUGUUCUCCGAUUUGGAGAGCUCACUCGAAAGAUCUGGCAUGCAAGGAACUUUAAAGGACAGGUCAGUCCGCAUGAAUUUCUCCAGGCAGUUAUGAAGGCUAGUGGGAAAACAUACCGAAUAGGUGCUCAAUCAGAUCCUGUUAGAUUUAUUUCAUGGCUUCUUCAAACGUUGCAUCGGGAUCUGAGAAGAUCUAAAAAGGGCAGCAGCAUCAUUCACCAGUGCUUUCAGGGUGAGCUGGAGGUUGUCAAGGAGAUCCAUAGCAAGCAUAUAGGAGAGAAAAAAGAGAAUGGGGAGAAUGGAGAUGAUGGUGGAAGUGAAGUAAUCAUGGAGACAAGCAAAAUGCCGUUCUUAAUGCUUGGGUUGGACUUGCCACCACCUCCACUGUUUAAGGACAUUAUGGAGAAGAACAUUAUUCCGCAGGUUCCACUUUUCAACAUACUCAAGAAGUUUGAUGGUGAAACUGUGACUGAAGUGGUUCGGCCUGAUACAGCAAGGAUGAGAUAUCGUGUGACGAAAUUGCCGCAGUAUCUUAUUCUUCACAUGCUUCGGUUUACAAGAAACAACUUUUUUGUUGAGAAAAAUCCUACACUGGUUAAUUUCCCUGUGAAGAAUCUGGAACUGAAAGAUUACAUUCCCCUUCCUGCGCCGAAGGAUAAUGAGAAAUUGCGAUCGAAGUACGACUUGAUUGCAAAUAUUGUUCACGACGGUAAACCAGGUGGAGGAUCAUAUAGAGUAUUUGUGCAGCGAAAGUCAGAAGAACUAUGGUAUGAGAUGCAGGACCUCCAUGUGUCAGAGACAUUGCCACAGAUGGUCGCCCUCUCGGAGGCGUACAUGCAGAUAUAUGAGCAGCAGCAGUAGAAGAUUAUUAGAGAUACUGAGAAAAAGGAAAUCAUUAAAUAUCUGAAUUUUGUCAUCGGCAUGAAGCCGUAUUAUGGUGUAUCUGGUUUCGAAUUUGUUCACCUUAUUGGCUAUUGAAGCUUCGGAGAUGGUGGCAUCUUGAUGUUGUGAUAUGCCUCCAACAAGACUAACUACACCAGAAAUCGAUGGUUUGGUAGUUGCAGGGGA